GCGAUCCUGGAUGAAUGUACGAGUGCUGUGAGUGUUGACGUUGAAGGUAUCAUGUAUACACACGCCCUUAAAUAUCACGAGUGGCUUCUUCGGUUUGAUGGGGAAGGUGGUUAUGAAUUUAGAAGAAUUAAUGAGGAUGACCUUGCGGCACCAUUAUUAUUUCCCCAUAAUAAAAUGGGUAAAAAGAAAUUCGCGAUUGGACAGGAUGACGACGAUAUGGGUGAAUACGCUGACAACGAAAAAAACAGUUCAUCUGGUAGUAACAUUUCUUACGAGUAG